CCGGACUCGUUACUCCGCGGUUCCGUGCGCAGUCAGUGCCGUUAUUAACGUAGGACGGAUUCCUGUGACAUUGCUAGGAGGAGGGGCAGGAGCAGGAAUGUGUUAUACAACGCUUGCAUAAUUGUGAUUGAAAUAUAUAUAUUUUUCCCCUCUGACCGUGUUCCCCUGUAAAUGACAUAAAGUCUUGCGGACGGCAAUGUAUCGGCGAGCUGUGCAUUGUGCUCUUAGGAGCGCUGCCAGUCUGGCAGCUUCGUCAAGCCGAUGGUUACAGAAGGCUCGUCUGCCAGGUGUUUCCAGGCUCCUUUCGGUUUGCACGAGGACAGAAUUGCCUUUCCAUUCGCUGCCUCAUCAGUGCAGGGCACUACAUAGCACUAACCAGCUUUCCACAGCAAAAGAAACUCUGCAAACAGCAGAAGAAGAAGUGGGGGCCUUCACCAAGCUAAUAGAAGCAAUGGGCUUCACAGGACCGCUGAAAUACAACAAAUGGAAAAUUAAGAUUGCUGCUUUGCGCAUGUAUACCUGCUGUGUGGAGAGGAUUAACUACGAUGAUUUCUUUGAAAAGUUCUCCCUGCCGGAUACACUGAACUCCUGGUUUCUUGUGGCACAGCUCCAUGUCUGGAUGUGCCUGGUUCGAAUGAGGCAAGAGGGCAGAGCUGGGAAGUAUCUGUGUCGCUACGUCGUGCAUUCCAUGUGGGAGGAUGUGGAGCAGCGUGGCAAGAUCAUGGGGAUUGAAUCCGUUGCCCUGAAGGCAAGCAUGAAGGUAAUGACAGAGAAUUUCUACGCAGCUAUUUUUGGAUUUGAUGAGGGAGUCCUGUCAGAUGAUCGGGUCCUGGCCGCGGCGCUGUGGAGGAACCUGUUUAAUCGGCAGUGUGAAGAUCCUCGGCAGCUGGAGCUCGCUGUGGAAUACGUUCGCAAGCAGAUGCAGUACAUCGAUUUGCUUGAUGGAGAAGACCUGCUGCUCACAGGAGAAGUGAAAUGGCGCCCUCUGGUGGAAGAGAAUGCACAGAGCAUCCUGAAGCCCACAUCGCCCCAGUAUAAUGAUGCCGGUCUCUGAGCUCCCUUGAGCUGAGCUGAGCCGUCCUCCCCAGACUCCUCCUUCACAGAGUGGGCUGCGAUGCUGCAGUAGAACACAUCACAGGUGAAAGCAAAGCAAACAGGUGAUGCUCUGUCAACGCUGCAGUGCUUACCAUGAAACCUUUUCUCAAAUAAAACAAACAAUACAAAAGCACUCCCAAGAUGAGCACGAAGUGGUGUGAAGUUGAAGAACGAGUUUUAAAAGCAUGAGGGUUAUUGGUGUUGUGUGCGUUUCACAUGCUAUAUACUGUGAUAGAUGACUAGAGCCUUGUUUAUAAUACUGUAGCUUGAUAGAGUUUCAAUGGAAGUGGAACCGGCCGGUGAUAAAGGGUCUGCCGCCUUCUUCGUUAAGGAAGGUGUGCAAUACAAUAAAGACGUGUCGUGCGUCAGGUGCGUAGAUGUUUCCAGUUCUUUCUGCAAGUACAGUAGUUGUGUGGGUUUAAUCCUUUCAAAUGUGAUCCCUCUCCCCAGAACGGCAGGUAACAGAUUCUAAUGGUCACUUCUGAGCCCGAGCUCCUGUGUUAAGUUACAGCCCUCAGCAGGUCUACAGAGCAGAGAGCACCAGCAGCUUCGGACCGCUCCACUGCCGUAUCAGGGGAUCUGCAACGUUUAAGAAGUGUUCAGAUUUCAUUCUGACUUUUUGGUUUAGCAGCCCUGUGUCUUUAAACCCAUUGCUCAAAUGCUUUGCUGAUCUUUAAGUUGGUUUGCUUAAGCACUGUGUGCCGUACUUCUCUCAAUGCAGACACCUCGGGACAAAGCCAGCGCACCACCAACAAAAGGAAAUGAUGUAUCACUUAGCAGCACAUACAAAGCAACCUUUCUUUUCAGUCAAAAACACCCACACACUGCCCCUCAGCAGUCCUCUAUCACAACACACUGUACUGCACAGGUGUAACACACUGUGUGUAACUCAGUGAGAGGUUAGGAACCCUGUUCAUGCUCUGUGUUGCUGCAGGGGUUUUAAUAAAGCACAGUGAUUGCUGUUCUCUAUCCUAGCACGGUAACAAAUCCCUCACUCCCAAGCUGAAUAGUUUUUUGAGUCCUUGUAAAUUAAUCCUCUGCUCUGAUCAUGUCCUUGAACUGUGCCCCAGGUUAAUAUGUGCUGUAUGUUCAGCUGACAUAAGCGUCUACGCAUAGACAUGCUUUAGCACUCCCUGAUACUUCAGUUUCACAGUUAAGCUGGCAAAUCUAGAGAAGGAAAGCAUUCAGAAAUCCUCCUUCUGUAAAGGUUUCCCACAGUAAAAGCAUAGCAAAGUGUAAUACAGCAUAGGUAAGCAUUGUAAAGCCCUGAUAGGUAUGGUAAUUUACUGUGCAGAUUUACCUAGGAAAACUUUUUAUAAGUUCCUGCCCACACAGAUCCAAGUUAUAAAUUGACUUCACAGAAACAGGCAUGAAGUGUUUGCAUCAGCGUUUUAAAAAAAACUAUGCAAAUGACGCCUCUCACCCUUGUCUUCCCAACAAUAGCUGGCAUUUACAUGCGUUCCCCUUUCACCAGAAAGAUGAAUACAAAAACAUUCAAAACAAGACGCGUGCCAUGGGCGUUGAAACAGUGCUUAUUGGAUUCAGCUUAUUCACUUCUGCAUCCUCUACCUUCUAAUAGUGUGCUUUGUGAAGCUUUGCAGGACUCCAUCCUUCUUACUGCUGUAGUGUCCAGUGUACUACACACUGAGCAUUUAUUUGGCUUUGCUUUACUGUUGCUGAAUGUCUUGCGAUUGAGUGUUUUAAAGUUAUAUCGCUGAUAUUUGGGUCAUCAGUCAUCUAGGGGAUUGCUCCUGAAGCAGUCUCUGCUCCCAGCAGUGUCUGGUACACAGGAGCUGUAGGGAGAAUGAAACGAAAGGCAAGGGGGGUUAGCUAUGCUUCUAGUCUUCCACUACUCAAGCGUACUCGUUUGGGAAGCACAGCUCAUUUGUUUUUCUGUGUUGAAGACUUUCCAAAGUGAUAUGUAUUUAUUACUGCUUGAAACAGUAAGAUUUACCUUGAGAUUUUUUUUUUGUUUGUAAGCUACCUUUUAAAAUGCAGGACUUUUUAAAAUCUGUUGUUAAGUGUAACUUUGAUUCAGUGAUACAAUCCAAGUGCUACAGGAAGCCGCUUAACAGUAUUUUAUCCUUAUUGAAAAACACACAACAGUAAAACAGCACUGCGUAUUUACGAGUUGUGAAUUCGUAUGCCAACCGUAACAUUAUCUCAUAUAUACAGUGGUUUGCAUCCUGAGUAAAUGCACCUCAUUCUUUCCUUUGUUCAAAACUCCUUGAUAAAUGCUGCGUAUGUUCUCUGGCUUUCUCGGUUCCUUGUAAAUGUGUUCCUCGCUGUGUGUGUGUGUGUGUGUGUGACUCUGAAUCUGCCGUUCUGCCAUUCAUCCAGAAGAGGGCAGUUUGCCAAAGUUAUAAAAUAUUGUUGGGGUCAAUGUGUGCUUUUGUAUUCUUUUCCAGCUCUAAGUGCAAGCUGGUAAUUCACACAUACAGAGUUAGUUAUGUAUGGAACAUGUUCUCCUAAUUGGAGUAUCUGUUAUUGAAUCUUUUACCAGAAUAAAAAGCCAUCCCUGUUUUAACCCUUA